GGACCUAGAGGGGAAACAGCACAGCAAUCGUCAAGAACACCACGGUGGAAGUCGCCACCCAUGUGGCCAUCCGGAGCGGGCAGCAGGCAGCCCUGUCCUCGUGAAUCUGCUCUGCGCAGAGCAGCCAUCAGUGGCAACGUCCUUGCCCUCCCACCAUUCCAUGUCCCCACGGGCAGGAGUGUCCGGGUCUUCAUCUGUGCCAACCCUGACGAUACAGAAGCAGAGAGAAAUGCUCUGAAAGAACAUGUCUACCCCAAACUACGAGACUUCUGCAGAGAGAACUAUGGCAUUGAAUUCCAGGUGGUGGAUUUGUACUGGGGCAUUGAUCCAGAAGAGUGGGACAGUCCGGAGCUGCAGAGACUACGGAUGAAACUACUGGAAGAAUGUCUGAAGACUUCAGCCGGUCCAUGCUUUGUUGGGCUCAUUGGAGAGAAGUAUGGCAGCAUUCGGGUCCCAGGGGAGGUGGAGUCAGCUGAGUUUGAGAUGAUUUUGGAUGCAGCAGUGGAGGCGGGACUAGACACACGGAUCUUGGAGGAGUGGUACUGUCGGGAUGAGAACUCAGUCCCACCUGCCUACUACCUAAAACCAAAAGCUGAGAUGCUGAAAAACUAUCAGAAUUCUAUGGAGUCAAACACCGUAGCAAAAUCAAAGAACGACAAGGCAUGGAGGGCAGUCUCGGAGGAAAUCAAGAGGAUCUUCAGAACCUCUGUCUUACAGCUGCAGGAGAAGGGGACCAUGAAGAGCAGUCAAGCCAAGAAAUUUCUCUGCUCAGCAUUAGAGGAUGAACUGGACUUCGCAUUGGGCAAGCAGACCCCAGCCUUCCUCAAAAAAUGUGUAUGUUACAUUCGAAAGAUAUCCAACUUUGAUCGUUUUGCCAAACUCCCUGAAAUGGCACGUUACAUGGACAUUGUGGUGAGCGAUGACCGUGUCAUGAGAAACCAGGAAGCAUAUGAGCGUCUACUAAAGGUCAGAGACGAGUUCAUUCCGAUGGUGGUGGCAGCAUCCAAUCUUCGAGUCUACUCAUCAGUCACUCACUGUGACAUGAAACUUGGCUACUCGCAGGAAGUAGAGAGCCAUUACGUUGAAGGUCUGUGUAAACAGUUUUAUGAAGACAUGGUGGACAUCAUCCAGGCGACGGUUCAGCAGAACUUUGACACAGAGACAGAUCCUCUCUAUGAUGAAAUUAUACAACAUUUGUCGCUGUGCAAGACGUUUUCAUCUUUUUAUGUGUACAAGAGUGAAGCCUUGGAUAUAGUCCAGGAGUACCUGUACCCCUCGAAAGGUGGUCGAAUAACUCCCCAAGUGGUUUACGGAGGACCCUGCACUGGAAAGACCUUGUUACUUGCUGAAGUGGCAAAACAGGCCUAUUCCUGGCUACAGAAAGAGAUGGGACCAGAAACAGACCCAGUGGUCAUUGUCAGAUUCAUCGGUUCCACUGACUUCUCUACUGACCUCCGCACCCUGCUGCAGAGCAUCUGUGAGCAGAUUGCCAUCAACUAUCGGUGCCUGAUCCAUUUCUUACCAAACAAGAUCCAGGAGAUGAGAGAACUGCUGGUAAAUUUGCUCGGGGAGUCGUCAUUCCACCGACCUCUUGUCAUUAUUCUGGAUGCCUUGGAGCAGUUGUCAGACGCUGAUGAGGCCCGAAAACUGUGGUGGCUCCCUGUCCACCUGCCACGUACAGUUCGAAUACUAGUGUCCACCCUGCCCAACAAGCAUGGAAUACUGCAGAAACUACGUUGUCUGAUUCAUGAUGAAGAUGGCUAUGUAGAACUAAUGCAAAGAGAUCGCAAAGCUUGCAGUCAGACUCUUAAACAGCAGCUUCUGGGUGUCAAAAGGAAGGUGACGUCUGGCCAACAGAUAUAUGUUAAUGAGGCAAUGGCAAAAUGUACACUUCCCAUGUUUGUUAACCUCAUCUACAGAGAGGUUGUUCACUGGAGAUCACACAAGGAUGUGGAUGACAAAUCGUUGUGUUCCACAGUGCACGAAAGUAUUGAGCAGCUUUUCUACUCAGUUGAAAAUAAGCUUGGCUCGCGCUUUGUCUUUCGGGCACUGGGCUACAUCACAAUGGCACGAGCAGGCCUGACUGAGCUGGAGCUAGAGGAUAUCUUAUCUUUGGAUAACAGUGUCCUAGGGGACAUCAUGGUGAGCUCUAAUCUCAAAAGCCCACUGCGUAUUUCCUACGAUUUCAUAGCUCGGCUAAAAGAAGAACUUGAAGGUUAUUUAGUGGAGCGUCAGGUCCGAAAUGUAACACUAAUGGUGUGGGCAAAUCGGCAUCUACAUCUCAUAGCACAGAAGCUGUACCUCAGUAACGAAGAAGAUGUGCAUCAAAUGCAUAGCCUUUUGGCUGAGUACUUUCUUGGGGCAUGGGCAGGUGGCAGAAAAAAAAUAUUCCACUGCGACAAUAAUCACUUUGCCUCAUUGAAUAUCUCCCAGCAUCGGAAUCCUCACCACCAGCAGAGCCUUCAUGGCCAUGACAAAGCUUCUGCUGACAAGCACUCUUAUGAUAGACAGACACCUGAACAACCCUGGGUGUUCCAAUGUAAUCUGCUGGAGCCAGACAUCUUCUUUGUCAACCACCGUAAGAUGACAGAGCUCACGUACCACUUGACAAGGAGUGGCCGCACAGAUGAUCUCAUGUAUGGUGUCAUCAUGAACUUCAGUUGGCUCUACACUAUGAUAAAGAUAGGGCAAUUUGACAAGGCCCUGUCUGACAUUGACCUAGCUUACAGCUAUACGCAAGAAAAGGAGCUAAAGUUUCUUGCAACUACGCUUCGCAGUAUAAAGCUCAAAGUAACAAAGAAUCCAGCAUCAUUGUCUGCUGAACUACAGCAAAGACUCCUUCCAGUGGUCACAUCCCUUCCUAAGCUCAGACACCUCCUGCUUGAGUGUGACAAGGAUGGCCCUAAAUACUGCUCCAUCGUGCCACUUCACUCCUCCAUGGAUGUCACCUACAGUCCAGAGAGAUUGCCGCUUAGUUCUAGCUACAUGCAGAUAGUUGAGACUCUGCCUACAUUAGCUCCAAAUAUAGUCAUUGUGGCUCUUGAAGAUGGGUCUGUAAGCACUUGGGAUGUUGAGAGCAGACAGCUGCUAAGACAGAUAGACACAGCAAGGUCAGUUGUUCUUGGCAUUAGACUAACCACUGAUGAGAAGUAUCUGGUAGUGGCCACUACAAAAAAUACACUGCUCAUUUAUGACAACCACAAGUCUUGUUUGUUGUCUGAGGUCGAGGUCAAAGGGUCCAAACACUGUGGAAUCACUGGUGGGGUGGCAUUCAUUAAUGGAUUUACCUUGUCCAGCCACCAUGCCUUGGCUUGGCUUGAGGCAAGCAAAGACGUCAGUGUGAUUGAUUUGCUGUACGGCUGGCCAUUGUAUCAGUUCCAUUGCUGGUACGAGGUAACCUGUGUCCAGUGUUCCCCAGAUGGAAUGUAUGCUUUCUGCGGACAGUACCUCAACACAACCACAAUAUUCCACCUUGGUAGUGGGGAUAAACUUGCCACAAUGACUUCUGAAUUCUCAGGUGGAUUCGUGAAGUCCAUCUUGAUUCUAGACACAAUCAAUCAAAUGGUGAUGAUUGACAAUGAGGGCAGUCUCUCCGUAUGGAACACCAAAGAUAUCACAAACCCCAAGCUAAUGGAAGAUUAUGACUGCAGAGGAGAUGAUAGUGAGGUGGUGGGCAUAGAGCUCUCAGAGGAUCAGCGAUCCAUUCUAAUCUGCAAAGCAAGAAGCAUUGAGGUUCUGGACACUAAGAUUUGGAAGAUGGCAGAAAAGUUUAAGGCCAAGCGUACUGAGAAGUUUGUGGCAGCUGUUCUCUCCAAGAAUAGCCAAAGUAUAAUAGCCUCCAUGGAGAACACAUCAUCCAUAUUUGUGUGGAGGAGAGACAGUGGACAGUGCAUGGCCAGCUUGAUAGAGAUAUCAGGAGCCAUUGUAAAGCUAAUCAAAUCAACACACCAUAACUUGCUUCUGUCUGUGGCCAGCAGUGGGGUGCUUUCCGUGUGGGACAUCGACAUUAUAACAGCCAUGUCGAACAUCGAUAAAACCGGAAAACCUAUCCAAAUUCUGCAACUCUCUGGCAGAGAGGAUUUUCUAUACACCAUGGAUGGGUCAGAAGUCAUCCAUAAAUGGAACUACAGCACAGGUUUCAUUGAAAUGGUGUUUAAGCAUGAAGGACUUGUUGAAAACUGUGUCCUGACAACAUCAGGUGACCUAAUGGUGACAUCUGAUGAUAAAAGUAGUCAGUACAUCUGGCAUACGACCACAGGUGAGAAUAUAUUCCGUAUCAAUGGCCAGAAGAUCUCACAACUUCUCAUCACACACAAUGACCAGUUUGUUGUGUCACUUUGUGAGCAGAAUGCCUCUCGUGUUUGGAGGCUUGCCACGGGUCACAAGGUGUGCAACAUUCUGGUAACACUCCAACAUGCCCUCAUUACUACAGCAAACACAUUCCUUGUGGGCGCAAACAAGAAUAAGCUGCUGGCUGUUAGCUUAUGGUCAGGCAGUGUUUCCAAAAAGUUUGUCUGUGAUGAUGGAAUCACCAUUGUUAACUUCAAGUUAAUUCCUGACAGUCCAGAUUUUGUUGUCUUCAUCACCUCCACUGAAACAGUAUUCAUCUGGAGUGUUGCUGAUGAGUCAGUGUGUAGACGGGUGCAGCUGCCCAACAACUUCUUAAAGAACCUAGAGGAUUUCCAAAUUUCACCAAAUGGGAAAUUGGGCAUUGUGUCAAAAGGUGAUGAGAACAUCAAUGUUCUAGACCUGCACAGUGGUAAGCUGCGUCUGGUGCAUGCUGCUGGCAUAAUAUGGCGACAGAAGCUUUCACGGGAUGGACGUUACCUAGUGUACAUCUGUUUCCGGAAUUGCGAUGAAGAUGAUGAUGCAGGUGUGGUUUCAAGCCUGAUUGUCAUGAGACUGGCAGAUGGAAAGAGUAUAGGAACCUGUUCCCUCUACAAAACGCCAACCUAUCUGUGCCUAUCACAGCGAGCACUUAACAUCAUUGUCGGAUUUGAGGAUGGCAGCAUUGGCACUUAUACAGUCGUUGAUCGUGUAGAUGCUGCUCUGAAAAUCAAGAUCGCCACCUCAAACAGUCGGCAAAUUGUUAACAAUGCCUCACAGAAAGUACGACCCAAGUGUAGCACCAAUGCCUUCAAGACCAUUGCUGACUGUGUGUGGAGAGAAUCCACUGAGGUCUUCUCUCGAGACAGUCCUAUCAACGUGUCUGAUGGUGGGGAGCCAGAGACCACCACACCCACAAAGAAAACUGAAUUGCUGCAAUGAGAGUGCCCUCUGCUGGACAUUAUGGGCAUGAAGAAACAAGGCCAGGUUUGGAACAGGUGAUUAUUGUUUACAUCAACUUUGAUUCAGCUGCACAGAUGAGUUCUCUGGGUAACACAUAGCAACUGGCUAAUUGAUAUUAAGCUGCACUUAAGCUGCAAUGCCACCUUGAUUCCUCCUAUCUAUCAGCAACUUCAUGUAAAAUGUGUAUCAUGAAUUUGAUAUUAUAUUAAGGAACAAAAUAAUUUAAAACAAAUGUCAUUCAUGCCAAAAGCCAGUCAUGUUGGCUUAAUUAUAUGUUCUUCCUUCUCAUGUUUAUGCCAGUGUGGCCAUGUUGUAUGUAUUCAGUCAAAUAAGCCAUACUGUCGCUUAAUACAGAAGCAUAGAGAAAUGUAAUAUAUUUUUAGCCAUAUAAAAAAAGUUGCUGCCAUUUUUGUUUUGUUUUUUGUUUUGUUUUUUUGUUUUGUUUUUCGAAAUGGUCAUCUGUCUGUUUAUUAGCAUCCUCUGGUACUGUACUAAAAUCAAAACUUUUGUACAUAUGUGUACAUAUGUACUUUGGCUGCUGCAGUUUGUGCAACUACUUAGAAAAUGUUACGUUGUGCUAAAUGCAAUCAAAGUGAGUGCCUGGAUUUUAACUUUUACUUUGUUACAAAAACUGAUGAGGAAAAAAUGCAGGGAAUUUCUAAACAAAAAAUACGUUGAUACAAAUAAUCAUCAUUACAAUUCAGCAUACAAUGAACAUUCAGCAUACAAUUAUUACAAAUUAGGUUAAUUUGGAAUUACAAUCAUCACAAUGAGGAUCAUUUGGGAAGUAUAUUUCAGUAUUGCGGUGUUUAGACUAUAGUUUGAAGUCAUCCAGAGUUUCUUAGUGAACUCAGAAUGCAUUCUAGACUGGCGAGGCAAUUAAUGUGUGGCAAAGCAGAAUUAAACCCAUCCUCAUGUUUAAUGCCACAAAUUCCCGUCACUCUAGUUUUUGAUCAAUCGUAAUAUUUAAUAUUUUUAUAUCUGACCACAGCUGAAGUAUUUAAAUUCAUUAUUGAGGGUGGUGCUGGGAAGAGUAUUUCUAUUUUAACGCCUGGCAAACUGAUACUGAAAAGAUCAUACUCUGACUUGACUUAAAAGAAGAGAUUAACACUAGAAAUGGCAUUACAUUAAAAGAAUGUGUAAUUCUUUGUUUGUGCCAAGCUACAAAUAUUGAUUAUUGAUUUGAGGACUAAACCACUACUGGAGAUUCAUGUGUAGCAUCUCACCAAGAGUAUCUACGCCUUAAUAGCUGGGUCAUCUUAUACAAAUGUGUAUUUGUAAUUGUUAGCUCAUGUUCUUUGUGAGGUAAUGGUUGAAUGUGUGCUUGAAAAAAAAACAAUACUUUGUAUUUUCAUGUUAUAGAGGACUUAGAGAUAUUUAUAAAUAGAUUCUAUGUUGUCAUGAACAAGGCUGAUUUAUGAUGAAUGGUUUUUGCCAUGGCAGUGUUUGGUGGUUGCACUUUAUUUUAAACGGGUUGUUUGCAGAGGUUGACUUUGAAAAGGGUGUCACGAAUGCUAACUCUACAAUUUUUGCCUUCAGUUAUGGGUAGUCACUGGCAUGUCGCAAACGAAAGUAGUUUCAACAGGAUCAGCCAUGCCCCAUUCAAACUCUCCUCUCCAUAACUCAAGGGCUAUUCCGUCAAAUUGUAUGUUUACCUCUGGAGAUACUGACACAUAUAGGCCCAUUUACAACCCACAACCUGUAGCAGUAUUCAGGUGUGAUUAGUCUCUCCCGCUGAAGUGUUUGAAACCUACAGUAUAGAUAGCAUACAAUAUUUGCCAAAGUUUUAUUUUCAUUUUUACAGUUUUAGUAUUAUUACUUUGUUUUAUUUUCAGAAUGUUAAAUGGUGUUGUUUGUGACCUACGCAUUACUUUUCUGGACUUUUCUGGCUUUGUUGUGUUUUCUAGCAUAACUAUGAAAAAGAAGAUGCAUUAUCUUUGCUAAGAUAUUGACAAAGUCCUUCCCUAUUAUAUUGGAAUGCCAGUUUUAGAGUAUAUUUGAAUGUGUCCAUAUGAGAGCAGUUGAACAGUAUAUUAUAUGUUAUGUAACUUGAAUGAAUUUUAACUACAUAUGUUUGCAAAACAUAGUUCACAUACUGGUAUUGAAUGUGUUUAUUGUAUUAUUUGUAUUGUCGAGAUUGAAGAUCCCUGUUUAGAGAUAUAUAUUUUCAUAAAUGUUGUACUUACAUUUUGUUACAAAGUUGUUUAAGUAUUCUGGAAAAAGAAAUAGCAGAAAAAAAUUGUGUCUGAAAGCAAUAUGAAUUAGUGUGUAUGCCUUGUUUGUAUGGGACAUUUUAAUG